AUGUUUCUCCCCUCGUUAUCCCUUGGGCUGCUUCUCUCAUCCACCGAGUACCCGAACCCGGUCGUUCUACUCCACGGCCUCGGCGCGACAUAUUACGAGGACCUCAACUACCUCGAAGCCUGGUUGCAGAUCCAAGGCCAUUGCACAUUUUCCAUAACCUACGGUGCAUACGAUGGUUUCCCCUUCGUCGGAGGCCUCAAGCCCAUCAAUGAAUCGGCACAAGAGAUCGCAUCCUUCAUUCAGGAAGUCCAGACCAAAACCGGUGCCGACAAGAUCAACCUUGUCGGACACUCUGAAGGUGCCUUCCAGAGUCUUUAUGUACCUAAGUUCACGGGCGUGAGCCCCAUCAUCGACAAGGUUGUAGCCAUUGCGCCUCCGACUCAUGGAACCACCUUUGCGAAUCUUUGGGACCUUGCGUACCUCCUCGGCAACGGAACCCGCGAAGCCGUCGGCGAUGUCUUGCGUGCUGUUGGCUGCGCUGCCUGCGACGAUCUCAGCGUUGGUGGAGCGGCGAUUGCGAAGCUGAACGAUGGAACUCCUAUCCACCAACCUGGUAAUCAAUUGACAGUGAUUGCAUCCAAGGAUGAUGAACUCGUCACUCCCUCAGGCACGGCCAGCUGGGUCGAAGAGGACGGAGUGACGAACGAAUACGUCCAGAACACCUGCUCCUUUGACCCCGUCGGACAUAUAGGCGAGGCGUACGACUUGAAUGUUUGGAAUUUGGUCAAGAACGCCCUGGAGGGGACGCCGGAUCGGGCAUUUACCUGUGUUGUCGGAUCACCGGGCAAGAGAUAGUUGGGUAUAUAAUUGAUUAUCAUCUAGUUUUAUGCAUGCUUGUGGCCUUACAAGAAAGGAAGUCAUGAUAUGGAUUGUAGACGUUUGUUUGCAGUUGAGAAUACCCGGGUCAUAGUACGUUUU